AUGGCCGGAUACAAUGGGCGCCGCGCUCCCAACUUCUCGCAAUAUCUCGACGACCUGAAUACCAUCCCAUCCGCAUACGAUCAGGCCCUGCAGCAACAGCAGCAGAACACCUUCAACGUCGAUGAUGAAUUGGCCCUGUUCACCAACGCCGAAUUCUUCGAUUUCGACAACUUCGGCAAUCUGGACUUGCCUUCGUUCGACCCAGUAGAGAAGACUUCACAUGGCGAGAUCGACCAAUCUACACAAAAUGGGGAUAUGAAGUUUUUGGACUUUUUGAACGAUGGAAGUUUAGCAAACAUCACUGAUUUCCAGACCGACCUGAAUAGUGUGAAUGCUCCGGUGCCCAUGCAAAAUGCGCCGUUCUCGGCAGUUCCUUCUACCACCGCCCCCGCUCCAGCUGUUCCUGUGCAAGUGCCCCAGAAUGUGGCCCCCGCACCUGUUCAGAGCGUGUCUCCGGUUACUCCCGCUGCUUCUGGUCCCAAGCGCAAGCACACCCAGAAGGUGCCUCAGGUUACCACUGAAGAGGUCGCCGGCAACGCCGCCGAGGAGGAUAAGCGUCGCCGGAACACAGCAGCUAGUGCCCGUUUCCGUGUGAAGAAGAAGAUGCGUGAGCAGGCUCUCGAGCGCACUGUCAAGGAUACCAACGAGAAGAACAGCGCUCUCGAGGCUCGUGUUUCUCAGCUUGAGCUGGAAAACCAUUGGCUUCGUGGUCUGAUCAUGGAGAAGAACGGCACCGAAGAGCGCAACGAGGCGUCCGAGAAGGCUAUUUCCGACAUGUUCAAGAGCUUCUUGGCAUCACGCAACGAGCUCUCCUCAAGUCCUUCCGAGUCUAAGCACGGUGUUGGCACAAUUGCGUAA